AUGGCUUCCCUCCAAGCCGGUGUCCCACAACAUCCUCAGCCUCGAUAUCAACCUCAACUUCAACAACAUGAUCGUCCAUUAGCUGAAUCUAUCGCCAUUGCUACCAGGUCGGUGCACGCCAAGCUUAACAAGCUUAUUAUCGCUCGGCUACCGCUUGCGUUACCUCCUGUUGCUGCCGAUUCGUCCUCAUACAUCACUGGACUAUUGCAUAUUACGCCUAUUUACAUCACCUUCGAGACAUUAUGGAGAGAUAUAAUCGAGUCCGGUUCGCCUAUAGAUUGCGAUAAUAACGCCAAUGCCUGCUUUUCUAAGAGUUCGCCAAUACAGUCAACAAAGUCUUCGUUCUCGUCCGAUGCCCACGAGCUAUCGAGCUGCAGUAGAAUGCCAGAGCUACUUCAACAAUUAUAUCUUCCGGGAUUAAUGCGAUCGGAACGUUUAAAGGCGGAUAUUGCAAAUUUGUCGGGGUGGUCAAGUAAUACUGUUGAGGAGCAGUUACGCAUUGCUGAGACCAAUGGUCGCUUGGGGGAUUUUCUCCAGCACAUAAGAAGAUCUGUACAAAACCGGCCCCAUGUACUACUGGCUUAUUCCUACAUCUUGUUCAUGGCUCUUUUUGCCGGCGGUCGCUUUAUCAGGGCCACGCUAGAAUCGGCUGGAGAUGAAUUCUGGGAUCGAUUACCUUCACCAGUACUGCCGUCCCUUAUACCUUGUGAGGAGAGCACACGGCGAACUAAGCGGGCCAGUGGCUUGUCCGACAACCAGAUUCCACAGGACGACUUUCAUCACCAUGCGACUCACACGAUGCCCCUUCGAUUUUUCCACUUCCAGACUCCUGAAGACGGUGAAGAUUUAAAACGCGAAUUUAAGCGACGACUCGCCAGCAUAGAGGGGGAAUUAUCAGCACGCGAGAAGCAGGAUAUUGUACAAGAGUCAAUAUGUAUAUUUGACAAUAUGACACUUCUAGUCCAGCAACUCGACAAGCUCUGCGAUGGCCCGACACGUGAUGGAAACGAUAGUCCAACAUCACUGCUUGACCUGGUCGACCAAUUCCAUCCGUUCCGCUCGCGUCUCAGAGACAGCGUUUCUAUUGCCAAAGAUAGAAUUCAACGAUCUCCAAAACCGAACGGCACUAAAUUAGUUUGGUCGAUCUGGAAAUACGGUGCGGCUUCAUCACCUGUGGAGCCAGAAAGUGGGAUCAAGAUGCCGAUCGGUCACCCUGGUCUCUCCAAGGAUGAUGCAUCAUCAAUUGAGCUUUGUCCAGCAUUUUCCAAGUCUAUGAGAUUUGACAAGACGUUGCCCCGACCGAUGCGUUAUGAUGUCAAAGCAACGGAGGGAGAGCAUGAUUUGAACGAAUGCAUCCAGGUUGCUUCUAAGAAGAUGACCAGUAUUGGGUUCAUCAACUGGUUGAUAAUUUUGACUGUUGGGGUUAUUAUCCUUGGAACGUUAUGUUCUGUACGUCACGGCCGCGAUGUAACCAUGGUGGAAGCAUGA